UUCCUCGGCGACGAAGGAUUGCUCCCCUUCCAUUAUUUCCCUCUGUUGUUGCGUUGGACGACCACGCUUCGGCCCUGGAGUCGGUCUGCGCUCGUGGCGGGAGGCGAGGGAGGUUAUGCCGGAAGGCGUCAAGGUUGCACCUUUGUGUACUUGCGUGGGCUUAACUUUUGUACCUAAGAUAUGGAGCAAGUGCCCUUUUGGUCAAGUUGCUUUCAGUGCGGAGUCUUGUUUCUCCAGGAAGUUCUUGACUGGCGGUUCUUUGUUCUUGGAGACUUCCUUCUCAUUUCCUUCGUUAACUGUACUUAGGGCCCAGCUACUGUUUUAUGACCAUCAAGGGCUGCCUGAUGCAAUUGUUUUCUGAAGUUGGUGUUGGAUUUAUAGUGUGGUUUUAGAAACCAACUUCACUCACUAUGUUGAAUAUGAUGUACUUGCUGCCAUCAUGCUCCAACAUUUUUGGUGUUCGCAGUUCUUCUUCUGCAUAGCUUCUGCUUGAAGUUUAUGUGCAGUCUAAAGAGCUUGUUACGAAAGAAUUAUUUUGCAGUAGUGUAGAGCAGUAGAGGGUUCAUUUUCCUAUUCUCCUGCUAAGAUGAGUUGCAUUAUUUUGUCCGCUGUACUACUGAAGGCAGAUGAUCUCAGAAAUGCAAUUUGGAAGUUGUCAGAAAUAACGAAUUUGAAGUGCACCUGUUGGAAUGAUCUAGUGCUUGCGUACCUGGCUUGACGUUCCAGUUAUUUUGUUCCCUGAAUUUUAUCUUUUCCAGAUACACUUACAGUGGGAUCUGCAGUAUAUUUUUUGCUUAAACAUCCUUUUCUCAAAUAAGCCGACUGUGGGUGUAUUUUCAGCUGAAAACAUGGAAAGGUACAACUUAAUCAGAGAAGUUGGUGAUGGAACCUUUGGGAGUGUUUGGCGAGCAAUAAAUAAACAGACUUGUGAAGUUGUUGCAAUUAAGAAAAUGAAGAGGAAAUAUUAUUCCUGGGAAGAAUGCAUGAAUCUCCGGGAAGUGAAGUCUUUGAGAAGGAUGAACCAUCCUAAUAUCGUGAAGCUUAAAGAGGUUAUUAGAGAGAAUGAUAUGUUAUACUUUGUAUUUGAGUACAUGGAAUGCAAUCUUUAUCAACUUAUGAAAGAUAGAGGGAAAUCUUUUUCAGAGGCUGAAGUCAGGAAUUGGUGCCUUCAGAUAUUCCGGGCUCUGGCUUACAUGCACCAACGCGGUUAUUUUCACCGUGACCUUAAACCUGAAAACUUAUUGGUUACGAAAGACAUCAUCAAGAUAGCAGAUUUUGGCCUUGCUCGUGAGGUUUCUUCAGAGCCGCCAUAUACAGAAUAUGUCUCCACUCGCUGGUAUCGAGCUCCAGAAGUUCUGCUUCAGUCUUCUGUUUAUGGCUCCGCAGUUGAUAUGUGGGCGAUGGGUGCAAUCAUGGCUGAACUUUUCAGUCUCCGUCCUCUUUUUCCAGGCUCAAGUGAAGUAGAUGAGGUAUACAAAAUCUGUAGUAUUAUUGGUACUCCCAAUCAAUGUACCUGGGCUGAAGGACUGCAGCUUGCAGAUGCUAUCAAGUUCCGGUUUCCGCAGUUUGCGAGUGUCAAUCUUUCACUGCUAGUCCCAUCAGCUAGCAAGGACGCAAUCAACCUAAUAUCGUGGCUUUGUUCUUGGGAUCCCAGCAGAAGACCUACAGCAGCAGAGGCUCUUCAGCAUUCUUUUUUCCAGCCCUGCUUUUACAUCCCACCAUCGGUUUGUCUGAGACCAGCAGGAAUGCCAGCAACACCUCCAUCUGUUGGGAUGAAAGGAGCUUUUGAACAGAAAAACACUAGGAGAUAUUCUAUAGGAGCUUUAUCCAAUACAAAGCCAGCAAGCAAUUUGUCAUCUGCAAAUGUUAAUGCUUACAUGAGGACAGGUGUGCAAAGGAAGCUGGAGAUGGAGAAUCAUCAGGUAAGUUCUCCUAUGCUGAUACUCAAUUGUCUCUGCGUGUGUUGUGAAUGUCUUAGAGAAAUUUACAAUCUUCAGGAAUCCAAGAAUGAAAAAUCCACCAAAAUUGGUCCGAAACAAUCUCGAUACCGACCACCAGCAAGAAACAAUCCAGCAGGAUAUCUGGGUAGGGACUCGCGUAGAGUUUCUGACGUCACUGAGAAGUUGGCUUGCCUGAAAGUGAGCUCCAACAAAGUUUCAGAUGCCUCUGAGAAGCUGCCACCCCUGAAGGCUGCCGAUCCUCAGCCAGUGAGGCAGCAGCCACCUCGCAUGAAGGCUGGUGGAUGGCAUAGCCAUACUGAUUUCCUCGCUAAUCCUGAUGAAGUACCCGCGCCCAGAAGCUACUAUCCGAGGAAAGUUGCAGGCUAAAGAGAGCGGUCCCUUGGCCUUGCUUAUGGAGACUCUUCACGUGAUCCUUCUACCGUGUUGGUUUGAUUGUUGGACCACCUACAUCUAUUAGUAUGUUUGCUAAAUAAAGGAGGGAUUUGCUUGUUUAUCUUCCUUUUUCUGUUUUGUUUGGAAUGUUGGACCACCUAUUAUCUCUUGGCAUGUUUACUAAAUAAAGGAAGGAUUUGCUUGUUUAGCUUUCAGUAAAUAAUGCUGGUUAACUGA